AUCAAGAUGAUGAUGAUGAUGAUGACGCCGACUUGGUGAAUGAAAACAUAAGCAACGAACCACUUGACAAAAAGCAAAUAGGUAUAAUACAACCCCAUUCUCUAUUGUUAUCUGCGACGUUUUUUUUUUGCGAUAAGAUUAAGUAGGAAAAAUUGCUUCAUCAACAAGUACCGCGUCAUUGUGUAAAUCUUUCUCAAACGCUCCAGUGCCAGUGAGUAUAUUAACGAAGAACAUAGUUGCCAAAAGAUGAGUGGUUCCCGGACGAAGAUUCUGCAGAAGCUAACCAGCCACAACAGUGACGUCACGUCUGUUGACUUUUUCGGAAAUUCGUUACUCGUCACCGGGUCAAGUGACAAAACAGUACGAGUGUGGCGUUGGUUAGCCGGGAACGGGUUCUGCGAGGAACCUUUUUCGCCUUUACUCGGCCACAAGUAUGGAGUGACUAGUGUUCGCGUUUCGCCAAAGGGUGCGGUUCUGGCAUCGGCCUCGGUGGACGGCACUGUGAUACUGUGGAACCUAUCCACCGGUGAGGAGACCAACGUGCUCACGCAGGAAGCGGGCGAGGCGAUCCGAGCAUGCAUCUUCAGUCCAAAUGGAACCUUGAUCGUCAGUUCCGACGACAGUGGAUGCAUUUGCGUUUGGGGACAGGACAAAAGUCUCAAAAGACACAUGAAGAUUCAUGACGAAGCAAUUCACACCAUUGCUUUCUCCAGCGAUUCGAGUAUCUUGCUAACCGCUUGCACGCUCGGGAACAUUCGAUUUUACGCCGUGGAGGAUGAUUUCGAAGCCGAAAUCGCGAAAGCGGACUGCUCUAUCGAUGCUGCGCAUGACAUGGGAGUCCUCUCGGCAGAUUUCUGCAAAAUCGUACAUGCUGACCCCGCUGACAACUGCUCGAUCAUCUACACGGUGGCCACGUGCGGUACGGAUCAUGUCAUAAAAAUUUGGCGCCUUUUCUACAUCCCUGCCAACGUGGAUCGGAGCAAAAAAUCUCGCCUCAUUCCCAACACACCUCAGGAGCAUUUCGCCGGCCAAUCGACCAUCUACAGCACGAAAGUGAUGAACGCCAGCUGCUUCCAAUCGAUCGCAGCCCACGGCAGUUCGGUGACUUGUGUGAGGUUUAACAGAACCGGCACACUGCUGAUAUCGUGCAGCCUCGAUAAGACAAUUAAGAUUUGGAACCAGCAGGGAACGUGCAUCAAAACGCUAUCGGAACACUCGCGCUACGUCAACUGUUUGGCCAUCAACAGCGACUCGAGCGUGAUUGCUUCGGGUUCGAACGAUCGCUCCGUGGUCAUCUGGGAUUUGACCAACAAUCUGACGAUCGAUUCGCACAUCACCGGCAUCCGGUCGCUACUGUUUACGCUGGCAUCGAAGACCACCGACAUUCCGCUGGAGUUUAUCUGCCCGAUUACGCAUGAGGUCAUGCAGGAACCGGUUUACGCCGAAGACGGUUUCACGUACGAGCGUUUGGCCAUUCAGGAGUGGUUCAGCCGCCAGAAGAUCGUAUCCCCGAUGACCAAUGUAGAACUGUCGACCGACGAGCUGGUGGUGAACGGGAAGCUCAAGCAGAAGAUCGACGGGUACAUCAAAUCGCUCAACCUGGACAGCUUUGAAUAGAACGGA